UAUGUGCCACUUUAACUUUGAAAUACUCCAAAAGAAACAUCAUAGCUUCAACAUUAAUAAUCGUAACAAAGAAUGGAGCCCCACUAUGCAUCAUUUCUCAUUUCUUUUGGUUUUGAAUUAUUUUCAAAUCGUUUAUUCAAUUUGUUAAACAGUAUCAAGAAUUGAUUUUUAAAUUGAAAAAGUUAGGACUCACUUUGGUUAAACUGGAUUAUAAAUCUAAUCACACAGUACACUUUCUUUGAUUAAAAUGGAUUACUCACUCACACACAGUACAUGUAGUUUGAUAAAAAUAAUUUGUUUAUUCAGAGAAAACGGAAUCCAUUAAAAUAUUUGAGCAGCAGAGUCCAAAAAGACACGAUUCAGUGUAAUGGCAGAAGAAGGCGCCGAGGGAGGAUCUGUGGUUUUAGUGAGCUAGCUGAGUCCAGUUCUGUUUGUUUGCUGCACUCAUGGAUUACGAAAGGAUCGAUAAACCUCCGGGCGGUGGGGGGCUAUCUCCCGGGAAACUGAGAAGUAUGCUACUUGGAGUUGAAAAGAAGAGGAAAAAUGAGGAAGAGGAGCUUCAAUCUGCUUAUACUUUCAGAUCUCUAGCUUCUCAAUUUCAUGAUCAUCAAACAGGUGGUAGCACUUCUGAUAACUGCAAAGAUGUAGAUGUUGUCACUGAACUCCAUGAAUGCUCCACUUCAACCACGGAUGACUCCAUGACUGCACAGAUGCAUGCUGAUCAUAGAUCUAAAGAUAACUCUUAUGUCAAUUCAAGGAUUAGGUCCCAGGAAAGCUCAUCUUCAGAUUGUGAUAGUGGACAUGAUACUACGAGUGUGUCCUCUGCAUCAUUUGAGUUUCAGAAAACAGACCGUGCCACACAGAGAGUUUCACAUGCGCCAUUUUCAAAACCAGCACCAUCCAAAUGGGAUGACGCCCAGAAAUGGAUAGCAAGCCCCACUGCGAGCCGGCCAAAGAUGGGGCAGAAUCUGGUGCAUGGUGGACAAGUAACUGUUCCACGAAAAAUGGGUAAUUUUGCUUAUAGCAGGCAAUCUUCCACAAAGAUGGUUGUAGAAGUUCCAGAACAAAAGGCAGUUGCAUUUGAAGAACCUGAUACAAAAUGCAUUGAUAGCAAUCAGUUUAAGAAGGAAAUUGGAGUGCAGAAAUUUGUCAGUUGGGAGGUUGAUCCAUACCCAAUUCCAGAUUCAUAUGGCAAACCUGUGCUCAUGAUUGAGAAAUCUGUUAGUGAGUCAGCAAUUAGUCUCAGCCAGCAUGAUUCAUCUUUGGCCAUACAUGGUGCAACUGCAUUUGUUCCAGUUCCUUCUACAGCUAGGUCUGUAUCAAUGCGAGAUAUGGGUACAGAAAUGACUCCAAUUGCUAGCCAGGAGCCUUCUCGUAAUGGAACUCCAGUGAGGGCAACAACUCCAAUUCGCAGUCCAAGUUCAUCAAGGCCAUCCUCUCCUGAAAGAGCUGCACUAGCUUCAUCGCCAACUAAUCCUUCGAAUGACCGUCGAAAUUCAAAUAAGGUGUUAUCGGAAAAGGAACUGCAAUUGAAAACCAGGAAGGAAAUAAUUGCUCUGGGGACACAGCUAGGUAAAAUGAACAUUGCUGCCUGGGCUAGUAAGGAGGAAGAGGAUAACGAUGCAUCCACAUCGCUGAAAACUAUACGAGCAGAACAACCAACUAAAAGUGUGAUAGAUACACGUGCAGCAGCAUGGGAAGAGGCAGAAAAAGCCAAGUAUUUGGCCAGGUUCAAACGCGAAGAAAUGAAAAUUCAAGUAUGGGAGAAUCAUCAGAAAGCAAAAACAGAAGCUGAGAUGAGGAAAAUUGAGGUAGAAGUUGAAAGGAUGAGGGGGAGAGCCCAAGAUAUUCUGAUGAACAAACUAGCAGCAGCCAGACAUAAAGCUGAAGAGAAGCGAGCAGCAGCAGAAGUAAAGAGAAACAAGCAAGCUGCUAAGACAGAGCAGCAAGCAGAUUAUAUUCGUAGGACUGGUCGCAUCCCUUCCACAUUCUCAUUCUCUUUCUGUGGCUGGUGCUCGUGAAAUACGAAGAACUCACUCGAACAUCAAGCAUGUCAGCUCAUUAGCAGAUUAGAUUAGAUUGUUUUGGUAAUGUGUAAAAGUUUUUGUAUUUUGUUCUUGAUACAUCAUCAUACAUGAGCUUCAUUAA